UAAUGUAGAUAUAACUUUCCUCACACCACCCUCUAAAACUGAGGUAAAUAAUGUUAUGAUCAUUUAUUUACCUCCACAAUGCAGUCAUCCCUUAGCCAUCAACUUAAGUUGGGUCAGCAGGUAUAGGCUCUCUCCUCACUUCUUCUCAUCCCCUUCUGCAACCAUUGUUCUAAAGUGCCCAGACCCCAAAGCUGAAGUACAUACUUUAUUCCUGUUGCUUCAGGGCCCUUUAAAUGCCCUCUGCUCUCUAAAGAGGAGUUUGUCCGACGUAGAGACCUUUUCUCUUUCGCUUUCUUUAAAAGACGACUGGGAGCUAGGCAGCUCCUGCAGUGGCCAGGCAGAAAUCGAGGUCCAGAAACCUGCUCCGGGGGUAGCCCGAGGCCGAGAAGAGAGCAUCAGGGAUCCGAGCUCGAGGGUGGUUGGCUCUCGACCAGGCUUGGUGAGACGCCGCCUGCUUCCUACACUUCGUCCCCGGCCCUCGCCCUGUGGCAGGCGCUCGGUUCAAGAUGAAUCUCAACUUCACCUCCCCUCUACACCCGGCAUCAUCUCAGAGGCCCACGUCCUUCUUCAUCGAGGAUAUCCUGCUACACAAGCCCAAGCCGCUGAGAGAGGUGGCCCCUGACCAUUUCACCAGCACUCUGGCCUCCCGGGUGCCUCUGCUAGACUAUGGCUACCCACUCAUGCCCACACCCACCCUCCUGGCUCCUCACCCCCAUCACCCACUACAUAAGGGAGACCACCACCACCCUUAUUUCCUCACCACCUCGGGGGUGCCGGUCCCUGCGCUGUUCCCGCACCCCCAGCACCCGGAGCUGCCGGGGAAGCACUGCCGCCGCCGCAAAGCUCGCACAGUUUUCUCGGACUCGCAGCUCUCGGGCCUGGAGAAGAGAUUCGAGAUCCAGCGCUACCUGUCCACGCCGGAGCGGGUGGAGCUGGCCACGGCCCUCAGCCUGUCGGAGACGCAGGUGAAAACGUGGUUCCAGAACCGGCGGAUGAAGCAUAAAAAGCAGCUGAGGAAAAGUCAAGAUGAACCCAAAGCGCCUGAUGGGCCCGAGAGCCCCGAGGGCAGCCCCCGCGGCCCCGAGGCCGCACCCGCCGAGGCUCGGCUGGGCCUGCCUGCCGGCUCCUUCGUGCUGACUGAGCCGGAGGACGAGGUGGACAUUGGGGACGAGGGGGAGCUGGGCUCAGGGCCGCACGUGCUCUGAGCCGCGGGGCCGGAGAGGCGGGGAGGACGCGGCGGGGCGGGCCUGGGAGAUCGGCUUCGGGAACACAAACGCUACACACCUGUUAGCCCUCCAACCCGUGCGGGCCGGUGCGCCCGGCCUCCCGCCCCCUUCCCCCGCCCACCCGCCCGCCAGAGCCCGCGCCGCCGGGGCGAGAGUGCGCCUGCUUCGCUUGUCCGCGCGUCCCGCGCCUUCGGCAGCGCCCACGGGAGCUUGGGCUCUCGGCGCCCUAAUUCGGUGCGGGAACCUCUUCCCUGCCGCGACUGCAGACCCCUCGGCCCUCGCCCUCAGCCACCUUUCCCCGCUCGUUGUCCAGGCGCUGCGGCCUCUCCACCGGACCCCUUGCCCUUCCUUGGGCAGACCGAUGGGCUGCAGGUAAGGGACCGGGUGUUCCGCUCAUAUCCACUCCGGGACAGACUCGCGCGCUGCUCGCCGCCACGCUCCCACUCUCCCCCGACUCCCUCCUCUUCUCAGGGCGGCGCUUCCAUCCUCUCUCUCCAAGGUUCUCCUCAAGAUCUCUUGGGUCUGCACCCAGAACCGUUUUUGAGCUUGUGGUCCCCUAGGCCCCCGCGGUCUUCACUCUGGUGACUCCGGCCCCCGUAAUGGGAGGCGAGAAAGUUGGGCGGAUAAAACCCAUCGAGCAAUUCCGGCUCCCGACCUUGUUGCGCGCCUGCCCCGCAACUCUUCCACACCCCGCCGGCUAUUGAUAUUUUAAAACUGAGUGUCUCUUGGGUUCUAUAUGGAAAUGCUCGUUCUCAUUGCAUUUUAGGGAAUCUUAGCAAGAUGAAGCCUAAAGGAGAAUGCGCAUCCCCUACCAGGCGUGCCUGUCUCUUUUUUGGGGACUUUUGAGGUGGGGACAGGAAUCGGGUUGGCCCUACCCGUCGCUCCCCUUUCCUUUCCCCUGGGAGGUCUCCUAUUCUUUUCCCGGGUUUGCACUCUCUGUAGAUAAUAAAGGGCUCGCCGGGCAAAACUGGGAACGAAA